CCGGAUCGGAUCAGAUAUCCGCUUCCCAAAAUUUUAAUAUUUGUGAUUUGCUUUGAUUUUAACGGUUAUUGACUUUUAGUAUUUGCUUUGCUUCGAAAGUUUACGGAUAUCUGAAAUUUUCGGAUCGAAUUGAAACGCAUAGCGAAUCGAAUCAAAUUUAAAUGCCCAACCCUAACUGUAUAUGUAUCCUGUGUAGUUUUGGCACAUGCGUAAUCUCGCUUCUUCUUCUUCUUCUUCUUCCGUCAUCCCUCGCUGUUUCAGCUCCGAAUCAGAGACAAUAGCGAAGAAGAAGGUGGAGGAUGUUAUGCCCAUUGCAAUUGGGCACGAAAAGGAGGAGAUUGAAGCUGAACUUGAGGGGAGGAGGCUGCUUGACAUUGACUUCCCCGAAGGUCCUUUUGGAACUAAGGAAGCUCCUGCUAUAGUAAAGUCCUACUAUGACAAGCGUAUUGUGGGAUGCCUUGGUGAGGAUGAACACGACGUUGUGUGGUUCUGGCUGGAGAAAGGAAAGUCUUUUCAAUGCCCGGUUUGCACACAGUACUUUGAGCUAGAAGUGGUUGGUCCAGGUGGUCCUCCUGAUGGUCACGGUGAUGAAGACGAUGAGCAUCACCACUGAUUCCAGCUUUAGCCGCGAGUUUUACAUUUUGUUUUCAUAUUGUUUUUACAGUUAUUUAUCGGAAUAAAAGAAAAUUCCACCGUUGGUGAAACAUAGUUGAAAAAUGUUUUUGAUCGUUUUAGAACAACACACAUUAUCGAAGUUUAUAAAUGCAAAGUACUAUAGCCUAUUUAUAUAUUGGGACUAUAAUGGAAUAAACCCUCAACUA